GCGGGGACUCGGGAGGGGCCGGAGCACGGCUGCUGGUGCCGUUGCGGGAGGAGAGGAGGAAGCGGCGCGUCCUCUGAGGCGUGCGCGGGGACCCACGAGCGGACGGACGGACGGACGCGCGGAGGACGAGGGCGGGCGGCGAGGAAUCUGCUGGCACUUUGGGACCCUUUCAAGGAUGCCGAACGCCAACUUGCUUCAUGUGUCCUGGGCAGGUGUGGGGCAGGUGACGGCUCCGUGACCUACCACCAUGGAUGGAGACGGACUUUUUGAGGAAGAAACCAAAACAUUUGGUGCCAGCCAGGGUGAUUUGGCCAUCAAAGGUUUUGACAAAACCUGCUUUGUUCCUUUUGGGGAAUCCGAAUGAGGGACGUCACAGACACCUUCACUGGGAAGCCAAGGACAUUUCUGUAUAAUUAGUGGAUGAAAGGAUUCUCUCAGUCUUUUUUCCCCCUUUUCCUUGAGGAUUAAUCCACCACAGUCUACAAUCGCAGUGGAAACUGCAAGGCACACGAUGAGGCAGAAGCCUAGAGCGCCUUCAGAAUUGUUCUGGACCCUUCCUGUGGCAUAGGGGAGUUUUAACACAUGCCACCACGCCUCCCCCAUCCCCCCACCUCUCUCCUUCUGAUCUCUUCUCUUUAAUCUGUUCCUGUUUUCUGAGUUAAGUUCUAUUUCCAAAACUGUUCUCUGGAGCUAUAAGUGGAUUGCCAGAAAUGCGAGAUUAAGAGCUGGAGAAGAGGAAGCGCCCUGUGUUGUGUCUCCUUGAGGCUGUCGACAUGAAGUGGUUUUUCCCAGUGCUGAGCUGUCUGGCUGUGCUGGGUGUGGUGUCAGCACAGCGGCAAGUAACCGUUCAGGAAGGACCCUUGUACCGCACAGAGGGCUCCCACAUCACCAUCUGGUGCAACGUGAGUGGCUACCAGGGCCCUUCUGAGCAGAAUUUUCAGUGGUCCAUUUACCUGCCCUCCGCCCCAGAGCGAGAGGUGCAGAUCGUCAGCACUGUGGACUCCUCCUUCCCUUACGCCAUCUACACCCAGCGUGUCCGCAGUGGCAAGAUCUACGUGGAAAGAGUCCAGGGGAACUCGGCCUUACUGCACAUCACAGAUCUCCAGGCCCGGGACGCCGGGGAGUAUGAAUGUCACACGCCCAACACCGAUGACCGAUACUUUGGGAGUUACAGUGCAAAGAUGAACUUAGUGGUGAUCCCAGACUCCCUGCAGACCACUGCCGUGCCCCAGACUCUGCACAAAGUGGAGCAGGACCCACUGGAGCUCACUUGUGAGGUGGCCACGGAGACGUUCCAGCACAGCCACCUGUCUGUGGCCUGGCUGCGGCAGAAGGGUGGCGAGAAGCCUGUGGAGGUCAUCUCCCUGAGCCGAGAUUUCGUGCUUCACUCCGGCAGCGAGUACGCCCAGAGGCAGAGCCUGGGGGAGGUGCGGCUGGACAAGCUGGGGAGGACCACCUUCCGCCUCACCGUCUUCCACCUGCAGCCUGCUGACCAGGGCGAGUUCUACUGUGAGGCUGCCGAGUGGAUCCAGGACCCGGAUGGGUCGUGGUAUGCCAUGACCCGAAAGCGUUCCGAGGGAGCCGUGGUCAACGUUCAGCCCACUGACAAAGAUUUCACUGUUCGGCUGGAGACGGAGAAGCGGCUGCACACGGUGGGUGAGCCGGUGGAGUUCAGAUGCAUCCUGGAGGCUCAGAACAUUCCCGACCGUUACUUUGCCGUCUCCUGGGCCUUCAACAGCUCGCUCAUCGCCAGCAUGGGGCCCAAUGCUGUGCCAGUCCUCAACAGCGAGUUCGCCCACCGGGAAGCCAGGGGACAGCUCAAGGUGGCUAAAGAGAGCGACAGCGUCUUUGUGCUGAAGAUCUACCACCUCCGCCAGGAAGAUAGCGGCAAAUACAACUGUCGGGUGACGGAGCGAGAGAAAACGGUGACCGGGGAAUUCAUCGACAAGGAGAGCAAGCGUCCCAAGAACAUCCCCAUCAUAGUCCUCCCCCUCAAGAGCAGCAUCUCCGUGGAGGUGGCCAGCAACGCCAGCGUCAUCCUGGAGGGCGAGGAUUUGCACUUCUCCUGCAGUGUCCGCACGGCGGGCAGGCCACAGGGCCGCUUCUCUGUCAUCUGGCAGCUCGUGGACAGACAGAACCGCCACAGCAAUAUCGUGUGGCUAGACCGGGAUGGCACCGUGCAGCCGGGAUCGUCCUACUGGGAGCGCAGCAGCUUUGGGGGCAUCCAGAUGGAGCAGGUGCAGCCCAACUCGUUCAGCCUGGGCAUUUUCAACAGCAGGAAGGAGGACGAGGGCCAGUACGAAUGCCAUGUGACCGAAUGGGUGCGGGCGGUGGACGGCGAGUGGCAGAUUGUGGGAGAGCGCCGGGCCAGCACCCUCGUCUCCAUCACUGCUCUCGAGACGGGCUUUGCAGUCACAGCCAUCUCCCGGACGCCGGGCGUGACCUACAGCGACUCCUUUGACUUGCAGUGCAUCAUCAAACCCCAUUACCCCGCCCGGGUCCCCGUGUCAGUGACGUGGCGGUUCCAGCCAGUGGGCACCGUUGAGUUCCAUGACCUGGUAACCUUCACCCGGGACGGAGGGGUCCAGUGGGGGGACAGGUCCUCCAGCUUCCGAACCCGAACUGCCAUCGAGAAGGCUGAGUCCAGCAACAACGUCCGUCUGAGCAUCAGCCGAGCCAGCGACACGGAGGCGGGCAAGUACCAGUGUGUGGCGGAGCUGUGGCGGAAGAACUACAACCACACCUGGACGCGGCUGGCGGAAAGGACCUCCAACCUGCUGGAGAUUAGGGUGCUGCAGCCAGUGACAAAGCUGCAGGUGAGCAAAUCGAAGAGGACCCUCACCCUGGUAGAAAACAGGCCCAUUCAGCUGAACUGCUCGGUCAAGUCUCAGACCAGCCAGAACUCCCACUUCGCCGUGCUCUGGUACGUCCACAAGCCCUCGGACGCGGACGGCAAGCUCAUCCUCAAAACCACCCACAACUCCGCCUUCGAGUACGGCACCUAUGCGGAGGAGGAGGGCCUGAGAGCGAGGCUCCAGUUUGAGAGGCACGUGUCCGGCGGCCUGUUCAGCCUCACGGUCCAGAGAGCCGAGGUCAGUGACAGCGGCAGCUACUACUGCCACGUGGAGGAGUGGCUGCUGAGCCCCAACUACGCCUGGUACAAGCUGGCAGAGGAGGUUUCGGGGCGCACAGAAGUCACCGUGAAGCAGCCAGAUAGCCGCCUGAAGCUCAGCCAGGCCCAGGGGAACCUGUCGGUUCUGGAGACUCGGCAGGUGCAGCUGGAGUGCGUGGUCCUCAACCGCACCAGUGUGGCCUCCCAGCUCAUGGUGGAGUGGUUUGUGUGGAAGCCCAACCACCCAGAGCGGGAGACUGUGGCCCGGCUGAGCCGCGACGCCACCUUCCACUACGGAGAGCAGGCGGCCAAGAACAACCUGAAGGGGCGGCUGCACCUGGAGAGCCCUUCCCCCGGCGUGUACCGGCUCUUCAUCCAGAACGUGGCCGUGCAGGACAGCGGAACCUACAGCUGCCGCGUGGAGGAGUGGCUGCCCAGCCCCAGUGGCGUGUGGUAUAAACGGGCAGAAGACACUGCUGGGCAGACAGCUGUGACAGUCAUGCGACCAGAUGCUGCCCUACAGGUGGACACAGUAGUUCCCAACGCCACAGUGUCUGAAAAGGCAGCUUUCCAGUUGGACUGUAACAUCGUGUCCCGCUCAAGCCAGGACUCCCGCUUUGCUGUGGCCUGGUAUUCCCUGAGGACUAAAGCUGGAGGGAAAAGAGGCAGCUCUGGUCUGGAAGAAGAGGAGGAGGAGAGGGACGAGGAGGAGGACGAGGAGGAGGAAGACGAGGAUGACCCAACAGAGCGCAUGGCCCUGCUGAGUGUGGGCACAGACGCUGUCUUCGGCCCAGAGGGCAGUGCCUGGGAGGGCAGGCUGCGCUUCCAGAGGCUCUCCCCGGUGCUCUACCGGCUCACGGUGCUGCAGGCAAGCCCCCGGGACACAGGCAACUACUCCUGCCGCGUGGAGGAGUGGUUACCCAGCCCGCAGAAGGAAUGGUACCGGCUGACGGAGGAGGAGUCGGCCCCCAUCAGCAUCCACGUUCUGGACACAAGUCCUACCCUCCAGUCUGUCAUCUGCUCCAAUGACGCGCUCUUCUACUUCAUCUUCUUCUACCCCUUCCCCAUCUUCGGCAUCCUUAUCAUCACCAUCCUGCUGGUGCGCUUCAAGAGCCGGAACUCCAGCAAGAACUCUGAUGGGAAGAAUGGAGUGCCCCUAUUGUGGAUCAAGGAGCCGCACCUCAACUACUCCCCCACUUGCCUGGAGCCCCCGGUGCUCAGCAUCCACCCUGGGGCCAUAGACUAAGGGGGGUGGCCCCGGCGGAUGUCGGCCACGGAGGAGCUGAGGCUCUCCCUUGCUGCCUCUCGCUCUGUGAUUGGACAGCUGGCAGCACCCAAACUCUGGAGUGCCCGUGCAGAAAAUCGUCAGACUUGAAAAGUGUUCAAAGUUCCUGAUCACAGAGACAGAUUGCCUCUCGGUGGCAGUCUUGGUUGGCUAGCUAUUUGUGCACAAAUGUGAUCCGCAGUUAUAGGUUUCUCGUUUUUGUUUUUAGUAAUGUAGUGAGUAGCUCCAGGUGCACAUCUACUCACUGAUUUCUCUAGUAAUCUCAGACAGAUGUUACAGGGGUUCUCAUUCUUCGUAAUGUGCUCUUUUUAAAUCCCUCUGCUUUCCCUUUUUUGGAUUCCGUACUGUUGUGGACGGAUUUCUCUUACAUAAAACUGAUGGCAAAAGGAAGGAUGAACUUUUCUAGUUAUGAGGAAUCUCUUCCGAGACUUUUUGUUUUUGCAUAUUUGAAAAUGCCACCCAUGGAUCAAAAUACACCCAAACAUUUUUUUACUUUCUUAAUAAGACUUGAAAAUUGUGUAUAGUGUGGACAAAAUUUGUAUCUUAUCUUUUGCCUCGGCUACGUUUGUUGGAACCACUUUGUAGUCGAGAUGAAAGCAUUGAAUUUUGCUUCAAAGAACUAUGUAUGUACAAGAGAAAUCCUGCAUAACCCCAUUAGGAGUAGAUGGUGCCCGGCCUAUCUGUCAGAGAGGCAAAAAAAGGCUUCACUCUAUCCUUGCCAAAAAAAAAAAAACAAAUAAGAAAACCGUCUUGAAGAACGGGUCAGAAGCUCCAAACGGCACACACUUUCCAAGUUAAAGUGGGCAGAGGGCUGCUUUUAGCAGCUACUGACUUUCAGGUUGAUCAAAGCCAGUGAUUAGAGAAGGAAGGGAUAAAAGGCUGGGUGUUGGCUUGAUCUGUUCUGCAAGGGCAGUCUGAUAACUGUGAGCAGGUGGGCUUUUGUCUUCAGGUGCUUUGCCAAACUCUUAAAGGAAAGUGUCCAGUGAACCUGAGCACAGGGGCCAAAGUAGCCACCGUAUAUACCCGAUGGAAGGCACUGGGCUGUCCAACACUGAGUUUGCUGUCGAGUGGGACAGUAAGGGGUGGAAGGGGGGUUUCCAGGGCCUGAUGUUGGAGAGUGCAGAGGAGUAACUACCUCCCUGGAGGUGUGAAGACUAGAUUUUUCUCCUUUCUUCCAAUUAGAUUUUCCUCAGUGAUACCGAUGUCUUCCUCACUUAACUUUUCUCCCUCCCUACCUCACGGCCGUGAGAGUAUCAGCCGCGGGGAGGUCCAGAUGCGGCCCUUUGCAAUCCUUUCAGUUUACGUAGUCUCAGCAGGCAGUGAUCACAUUUGUUGUCUAUAGAGGUUUUUUCCUUUCCCUUUCUUAAAUCAUUUUAUUUUGUUGUUCAUUUUUAUGGUGGCUUUUUAUUUUAAUGUCCCUCAAGCCCAACCAGGGCCAGUGUCACCUUAUUACUUUACACUGUUGGGCCAGAUGCUUGGCCCCCUGGAGCAUCCUUGGCUGCAAAUAUUUCCUUUUGCUCACUCCGUGAAGAUGUUACCAUGCCCUUCCUUGCCCACAUUUUGUUGGCCAAGUGUGCCAUCUCCCUUCCUGUAGGAACUUGCACCUUGAAUCCCAAGAGGGGUCCAAUUUGGAAAAAGCUACCAGGGAUUCUGGAACUAAGUCUGACAAGAGAGAUUCCUGCAAAGCCUUGUUCUGAGAAUGAAAAGGCUCCAGGGGAGGCCGUGUGGGUGCUGAUCCUCACCUGAGGCGUGCGGCAGCCUGGGCUGAUCAGCAGGUGCGUUGCUGAGCCAGGCCACGGGGAGCAAGGCAGUUGCUCGGCUACUUUCCGACAGGCUUACACGGACUUGCCUUUCUCCUCGCAGUACACGAGUACUCUCCAACGAGACGGUGUGCGGGCACCGCCACCUUAAUCCUGCUGUUGCCUGACAUGCUGAUUCUCAUUUAUUAUGCUGCAUCAACAUGUUAGAAGUACAGAAUUGGCUUAGUCAUGAAGAAAGGUCUUUUGCCCCAUUUCUUCAUUUCAGGGAUGUGGGCUUUCGGCGGGAAUUUGCUGACUCCUAAUUUAUAGGCUGAGUCAGUGAGGGAGGAGGACUGACUUUUCAUCUGUCUGACUGGAAGGAUGCCAGAGGGCUGGCUGGGUCUGGGAUGUGUAACUAAGAUUUCAGUUUGAAUUGGUUCACAGCAGUAGAAAACUAGGUGCUGCACGUAACUAAAUAUGUGAAGCAAUUACAGGAAAGUUGAAAGAAAAAAAGAAACCGAAGCCAGUAUUUUAAUAAUUGCUCUUUCUGUGCAUUUUCCCUUGGGCUGGGGCAUACCAUCAAAUGAUGGUUGAGCUUUUCCAGUUUUCUAUGAAAAACCCCAGGACCUUCUUUCUUUGGCCAUUUCUAUGGAAAUGUGGUGUCAGAUGAAUGGUAAUGGUGCCCUCCAGUGGCUGCGAGACCUCAUUGCACGUUGUCUACUGGAGCUUUAGUCUUCUGAGGACAAGAGAGGGAAACUGCUGAAUACUCUCUCUUGACUCAUCUACGUCUACGAUGUUGCGUUAAUGAAAAACUACACUGUGCUAGGCGCUUUCCAGGACAUGAAUAUGACCACACCCUCUUUCACCAGGGUGUUUCUGUAGCAAGUUUUCGUAUUCUUUUCAAACAAUGGUUUCUCUGCGUUAAUUUUUGAAGAAAAAAAGAGAUGGGGUAAGAAAACUACCCAUGCAUGAUGUAGAGAGCUGUUGAUUUGUUUUUGUUUUUUAAAGGAAAACUAUUUGUAAGAUGUUGCACUAAAACAUUUUAUAUACACUUCAGAGACCUGUAGUAAAUUAUGUUGAAAAUACGGCUGUU